CUACUCUUCAAGGAGGGUCUUAUCCUAUCUGAAUUAUUUAUAUAUAUUUUAUUAAAAAAAAAAAAGGCCAACUCAACCACGGUUAAAUUCCAGGCAAUAUAUCUAACUAACUAUGGUUAAGAAAAACGAACGGUCCAGAUCAACUAUUGGAAAAGAAAUCCGAAAGUGCUAGCGUUGGGAAGUUAUUCCUAUUUGCAGAAGCUUAAUCGAUCACAGAUCGAUCAAUCUACCGAUAGGGUUCGAAUUUCUGUCAAUUAUCAGAUGGAGAUGGACUACUUUACUCAGUUCCCUCACAAUCACAUGGAUCGUCGUCCCAGAAAGAAGCCCAGAUUUGCUUGGAAUAUUCCUCAAACUCACAUAACGAGGUUAGAAAUGGAAGAAGCAUUGGACCAUCAAGGGUGUUCCCAGAUGAUACCAGUCUAUUUGUAAUGGGAUUGGCUCAAAAAGGCUCUUCCCCAUGGCGAGAUGAUGACAAAGAUGGACAUUACAUGUUUGCUCUUGAGAAGAAUUUAACCUCUCGCUGUAAUUACACUUAAUCACCAUUGAAUGCUUUUAAAUUAUAAUGUUACUUGUGACUUGACAUGUUGCAUACUAAGCUUCAUGCACCAAUUGCCUCUUACAUAAAUAAUUUUGCCUUCUUCAGUUUAAUUACCUUUUCCAUCUUUUGCUUGCAGUCUAUGGUUUAAUGAAAUUUAAGUUUGAAUUUUUUUUAAGACUAUUUUCGUAAUUUUGUUAUUAUGUAUGUGAAAUCGGAGUUAAUAUGUUUUAAAGCAUCACAUCCUCUGUCCUGUUCUGCAAAACUGUACCCAGUUUCCCCAUGAAACUAAGAAUGGCUUCGCUAGUAGCUUAUAUAAGAUCUUUAAGAAAAAAGAAGAACAAUAACAACAAUUGCUUCCCUUUCUUUCAAAACACCACUUUUUUAAUGAUUUCUAUCAUUCUAAUAAAAUUUGAAAGCAUUGAAGCUUGUUAAUCUUUUUUUUUUUUUGACUUCUUGUGUUUUAAUUCUUAUUUUGCAAGUUUUCCUUCUACUCUUUUGCUUGUUUACCUGCAGACAAGAUACAGAGAAAAGCUGGUGAAGGAACCUUUGGUCAGGUUUUGGAAUGCUGGGAUAGGGAAGCAAGAGAGACGGUUGCCAUAAAAGUUGUGCGAACUACAAAGAAAUAUCGUGAAGCAGUAAUGUUGCAAAUUGACGUGCUCCACCUGCUAGGAAAGUAUGACAGAAAUGGCAGUCGUCAUGUGUGAUUUGCGCCUCAUUCAUUCAGACUUGAAGCCGGAGAAUAUUCUUUUUGUAUCUCCAGAAUAUGUAAAAAUACCAGACUACAGGGUUCCAUCAAUCUCACCCACUGAAGGGGCCCAUUACAAGAGAUUGCCAAAGUCAAGUACUAUUAAGGUUAUUGAUUUUGGAAGCACAGCUUAUGGACAUCACGAGCACAACUGUCUUGUCUCAACCCGGCACUACCGUGCACCUGAGGUUAUUCUAGGGCUUGGAUGGAGUUUUCCAUGUGAUAUAUGGAGUGUUGGUUGUAUCUUGGUAGAACUUUUCUUCGGAGAAGCAUUGUUUCAGACACAUAAGAACUUAGAGCACUUGGCUAUGAUGGAGAGGGUUUUGGGCCCAUUUCCUCAGCGCAUGUUGAGAAGAGCAGACCGGCACGCAGAGAAGUAUGUUAGAAGGGGUAGGUUGAAAUGGCUAGAUGUGGCAUCGUCUCGGGAAAGCAUCAAGGCAGUCAUGAAGUUACCUCGCCUUCAGAAUCUAGUAAUGCAGCAUGUUGAUCACUCUGCUGGGGAUAUCAUUGAUCUCUUGCAAGCUCUUCUCAGGUAUGAUCCGUCCAAAAGACUAACAGCUCAUGAUGCCCUCAGGCAUUCCUUCUUUACAAGAGAUCAUUGCAAGAGAUUUUAAAGAGAGGAGUUUGUGUUUUCUUAUUGUGAAAGGUUCUAUUUGGUCAUUUGGUAAUGAGUUAAACUGGCUGGUCUGGAUUCGUGUGUUUUUUCUUUUCUGUAUUAUUUAAUGUACUUGUUGUCAAUGCUGAGUGGAAAGGGCUAGCCAGGAUUUUGAGGCAUUUUGUAGUCUUCGUCAUAUUGAGCAUUUGUAAAUAAAGCCUGUUAUAAGGAGAAGUUUUCUCCAGUUUUAAUGUUAUGUAAAUAAGGACUUGACGUCCUAAAUGGAAUUCUGCAUUUUAUUA